AUGCAAACCAUCGGAAAUCAUUUCACUCUGAUAAAGCCCGUAACGGGUAGAAAGCUCAUUGGUUUGGACCUUUUCUCUGGGAUCGACUCUUCACCGCCAAAGGAAACGACAAAGAACUAUCUAUUUCCUAGACAAGACUCGGCCUCGCUUCUGCGUUGGCCAGAGACUGGACGUUGCUCCUAUUUCACAGGAGGCGAUGGUAACGCAGAGCUCGCAGUCGGGGGCAUUCUGUCGUUUAUCAGAGACAAGUGUGAUAUCACGAAACUCCCAGAGGGUAGCGGAUUCAAUGUAAUGAAGAUGGACCAUCACGGCUCCUCGGCCGAAACCUUCUUCAAGAAAAUAGGGGUCGCCAGAGUGUCUCUCGAAGAACUUCCCAUGACUCAAUUCAGGCCACGCAAUAUUAUCGUCACUCCCGGCAGUCGUCAUGGGCACCCGAACGCUAUUCAAUUCCUCAAAUACCUCAUCAAGCCCGUCAUUAACCGGGGUGACAAUGACUCUGACCCAAUGAAGCCAGUAGGUCGAUUGUUUGGUACCAAAACUCCGUAUUGGGCUGUCAAAUCGAGCCCGGGUAAGAAAGACAUCAAUUUCAAGCAUCAUGAAAAUACGUCUAUUAUUCGAUCAAAGGAACUCAUUAGAUUCAUUGGAAAGGGCCAUUUCGAUGCGGGUACCGGGAACUCCACGGAGGCCAUUUCCCAGGUGUUCACAAGCGAGAUCCUCUGGAUUCUGGACUAUUGGGCCGGUCAAAUUGAAAUUGAAUUAGAUAUGCUGGUGAGGCUCCAGCAGACGCCGCCGAAGCCGGAGUCAAAGAAAAUUGGCCAAGAACUCAAAGAAGAAACAGAGGAGAUUAGGAUCUCUUUGCUGGACUAUCUAGUCGCUGAUUUUGAAAACAGAAGGAAUAUUCAGUUCAUGGGCCGAGAGUCAUGGAACGAACUAUCUGCGCAAACCAUACAGGAGAGUCUCCUGGGCGUUGUUCCCCCCAAAACGGCUUAUUUCCUUAUCCGUUUCACAUUCAUCGACGGAACGCCGCGCACAGUUUGCUGGGUUGAUCAAUUGGAAACUGGGGUCCUCAUAAACUCAAUCCGUAUCUUGUGGAAGCCAGUAUUGAUAGUCAACCGGAUUUGUUUGCCUAAAACAGCGACGACAGUGAGAUUGAUGAGGAAGGCGACGAGGAUGAAGAUAACGGAGAAGACAAUGAGGAGGAAAUUGGUGAGGGGGUAUGUGAACUUCUCCGGGAAAGGCAUGAGCCUCGUUCUUAUGUCUAACGGCUAA